AUGUCCAAGGUAGCUCCCGCCAAAAACCCAACGCCUUCGGCCCCGCCCCCGGGUUGUACCCUAGAUAUCAACGACCCCCAGGUCCAGAGCGCGGCCAUUCGCAUCCAGGCCUCGUACCGAGGCCACAGGUCACGGAAGGAACUGCGCGAGAAGGGGCCACCGCGGGUGCUGGAGCCGCUGAAGGACGUGGUGCUGAUCGAGGGCAGUGCGGCCAAGCUGACUUGCCGCAUCUCGGCUUUCCCGGACCCGUUCAUUCGCUGGAGCAAGGACGGCAAAGAGCUACGCGACGGGCCCAAGUACCGCUACAUUUUCGAGGAUCCUGAUGUAGUGGCCUUGGUGGUGCGCGACGGCGAGCUGGCUGACCUGGGCCAGUAUAGCAUCAACGUAACCAAUCCCUUCGGCCAGUGUUCCGACUCGGCGCGCAUUCUCGUGGAAGUCCCAGCGAAGAUUCAAAAGGGACCAGACAACACCAAGGCUCGUAAAGGCACCACGGUGAAGCUGACUGCGGCGAUCAUGGGCGAGCCUGCGCCCAACGUGGGCUGGACCAAGGAUGGGAAAGACAUCGAGGAGGACGACAGGGUGUUCUUCGAGAUCGGCACCACCAACACAACGUUGACCGUUCGUCGGGCCACGCCUGCAGACAGCGGCAAGUACGAGGUGUACGUCGAGAAUAGUCUGGGCAUGGACCAGAGUUUCGCUCGCGUGGACGUGGCCUGAAAGGGGCCCGCGGACCUCGCUCUGGCUCCAAGCCCAGGGACGAGCGAGACCUACAGCCCUCCUCCGUCUUGCUUAAUAAAGCUGCUCUCUCUGACUUCCUC